GCCAACAACACUCGAUAAAGUGCACUCGUUCUAGGCAAACGCAAACGCCCAGUCGCUAUACAAUUUGGCCGUUACGUUACGGUUAGUAAAUAUUGUCGGCUCUCGGAUUUGUUCGAUGUCGAUUUCGGUUUCAGUUUCAGUUUUGUAGUUGAGUUUCAUUCCCAUUUAUUGCUGUUGCCGUAAUCUAUUAAAGUGACAUUUGAUUCGGAUUGCCGAUCGCCGCUGAUUCUUGUGUUCCUUUUUUUGUUUGUUUGUUUGUUCCUGUCCAAAUGCGUGUGAGUGAGAUAACCCUUGCGGGUCAUUAUUGGUGGUGCUCCCUGUGAUUAUGCUGAGUGUGGCGCAACAAUUUCUACCUGCAGGCUGGGCCCACGAGAGCACACCUCGCGUGCCGCCGAAACUCGCACUGUAUUAGUCAUGAUCGACAGAGCGCGGCUCUUGAAUCACCAACUGAAACAGCAACAGUCUCAGCCUCCACCUCCGAGUGGCGUCCCCAACAACAACAACAACAACUCGAGCAGGGCCACCACCACUUUACUUGCUUAUGAAUAACCGAAUUCGAAUGCCGUAAACUGUUUACAUUGCUCGAAAAAGCAUUACUCACCUCCCUCGCUCCCACAACCUGACGCAACCCGAGCAUAGGUGGAAAGGGCAGGAGAGCGGAGAACGAACGCAUUGAAUUGCAUUGAAUUGGAGUGGAGUGGAGUGGAGUGGAGUGAAGUGGAGUGGGAGGAUCGCAUUGGAGAUUCGCAGCUGAAGCAAGCACUUGAAGUCGCUGUCGAUUACGUGAGCAGAAAAUAAACAACAGGCAGCCGCCAGUCCCCCCUGAUAACACCACGCACAGACACAGAUACAAACAAACAGAAAAAAAAACACGCCAGCAGAGAGUGAAACCGAUCGUGUGGAGAGUGUGCGGAGAGUGGGAGUGGGAGAGUACUCCUACCAAUCGAAACGUAUGAGAGCAGGCAGAUAACUCUCCGUGUGACUCAGCACUAUAGAAUGAGUGAGGAGACAGCGGCCAGCCUGGGUGAUGCCUUCUCUCCCAUGGACAUGCCAACGACAACGAUGAUGGCCCCGCCGCCAACGGAUGUCGAUGAGAGCGGCUUCUCGCACUCCCUGCUGACAUUUGCCGCAGUCAUGACCUUUCUGAUCAUGAUCGUGGGCAUCUGUGGCAAUCUGCUGACGGUUGUGGCUCUGCUCAAGUGCCCCAAGGUGCGUAAUGUGGCCGCAGCGUUUAUCAUCAGUCUUUGCAUUGCCGAUUUGCUGUUUUGUGCCUUGGUGUUGCCCUUUCAGGGCCUGCGCUUUGUCCAGGGCACAUGGCGGCAUGGCGAGGUGCUGUGCCGGCUUAUACCCUUCAUUCAGUACGGAAACAUUGGCGUAUCGCUGCUGUGCAUAGCGAUGAUCACGAUCAAUCGCUAUGUGAUGAUCACGCACCAUAGCCUGUACAAUAGGAUCUACAAACGCCACUGGAUAGCCAUCAUGAUAGCCGCCUGUUGGCUCUUCUCGUACGGCAUGCAGCUGCCCACACUGCUGGGCGCCUGGGGACGCUUCGGGUACGAUGCCCGACUGCAGACCUGCUCCAUUAUGAGCGAUCGGCAUGGACACAGCAGCAAGACGACGCUCUUCAUUACGGCCUUCGUCAUACCCUGCCUGGUGAUUAUCGCCUGCUAUGCGAAGAUCUUCUGGGUGGUGCACAAGUCCGAGCAGCGGCUCAAGCGGCAUGCCACCAAGCAGAAUUCCAUACCAAACAAUCUGCGACCGUUGGCUACGGCUGCCCCCGCCAACUCGCUGCCGUCCGGCGAUGGUGCGAAUGCCAGCCAGGUGCCAGGUGCCGCCGGGUGUCGUGUCUCCUCCGACAGCAGCAGCAGCUACUCCACGGAUGUGCCCGAAACAGCGCCGGGGGGAGGUGGCGCAGCCAAGCAGCAGCCGACACGCGUCAAGGAUCAGCGGGAAGUGCGAGCCAAGCGAAACGAGUGGCGCAUCACCAAAAUGGUGCUGGCCAUUUUUCUGUCCUUUGUCAUCUGCUAUCUGCCCAUCACCAUUGUCAAGGUGGCCGACAAGGAUGUGGAGCACCCCAGUCUGCACAUUUUCAGCUACAUUAUGCUCUACCUGUCCGCCUGCAUCAAUCCCAUCAUCUAUGUGAUCAUGAACAAGCAAUAUCGCAAGGCCUACAAGACGGUCGUCUUCUGCCAGCCAGCCGCUCGCCUCCUGCUGCCAUUUGGCAAGGGGAAUGGGGCCAGCAGUGCCGCAGAGAAAUGGAAAGAUACCGGAUUGAGCAACAACCACAGCCGCACCAUCGUCUCCCAGAUGUCGGCAGGAGCAACGGCAGCGGCAGCGGCAACGGCUGCGGCAGCAUCGGGCAGCCGGCCACAGUCCACGUCCUCCACACAGGGUCCGGUUCAGGCAUUGGAGCUGACGGCGCGGGUACCCGAUCUGAUCAGCAAAUCAACGAAUCUGCCACUGCCGCAGCCACUGCCACAGAUCCCACCGAUGGCAGUUCCUCCGUCCGUUACAUCGUCGCCAGCGCCGGCACCGCCGCCACCGUCGGUGAUGACAGCGACACACAGCAACGGCAGCAGCCAACGAUUGCCGCUCAAGAAGAACAAUCACUCCUACACAAACAGCGGCUUCAACAGCAGCGGGAUCAGCCCCAGCCCCAGCCCCAGUCACAGUUCCAGUUCCAGCGGCGUGGGCCUCUACCGGCCCGGGAUUGGCUCAAUGGGGAACGGCUCGGCAUCGAUACGUCGCAUCACCAUGGUGGGGGACGACAUUAUACUGGAGGAGGAGGAGCUGCCGCCCACACCAACAGCGAACUCUCCGCCACAGAUGCAGGCACCGCCGCCACCAAUGCCACUGCUAUCCUCCUCCAGGCAAACGACAAUGAAUACAACGCCAAAGACGCACAUCUACAUGAACGUGGACAGCCCGAAGAGAAACCAGUCUUAUAGCGAACGCAACAUUCCAGCUCCAGCUAGAGUUGAUCACGACGGAGUCAAGGACUCCCAAGUGCCAACCGGCAAGCUGAUGGAUAAAAAGAAAUUUCCAAAAGACUAACGAAAUGCUUUAAAUUCCAAAUAUCAUAUGUAAUUGUUACAAAAUCGGAUCAGAUAUAGUUAAUGGAUACGAAAUUUGUGCCAUACACAAACCACACACACACGCACACACAUCGAUUGGGCUCGUAUCAUUGUUAUUAUAUUUUGUUUAUAAACUCCUUUUUGAUCACAAACCCUUAACCCAAAAAAGACAUUUACACUAAAUAUUGGACACAUACUCCUCCACCUACCUACAUCCAUAUUAUUAUAAUAGAACAUUAGUUACACAUUUAGCUAUUUAUCGUUGUCACACGUUUAGUAUUAGCUACUAUAUACAUAUCUAUUUUUGUUGUAACUUUAA